UCAGUCUAUUACUGUACUUCCAGGGGCACACACACUUCAACUUGGAGUGCCCCUGCUGUGAAUGAAAUGAACUUGCCAUCCAGAGAGCAGUGUGACGGGUGGGACCAGCGCCAAGUGGCCUUAUUUAUGAGCAAGAACAAUAUGGAAGACUGUGCUGCUACUACCAACAGAGUGAAAAUAUGGGGACGAAAACUCAUGACCAUAUCAGAUAACGACAUGAGCAAGUUCCAUCAACCGCAGCUUCAAAAGAUUGCUCAGGACAUCCAGAAGAAUGAUUCCAGCUACCUGAAUAAAUUUAGAAGACUGAAAAGCAAACCAGGUCCAGAGGUACCUGUGAGAGACUACAGAGAUGAAGACAUGGUGGGUCCAGAGGAUGCGUAUGAACCAGACUAUGAUAAUGAAAUGUACGACAACCUACAAGAGUGCGAUAUCAACUACGAGCUGCCUCCCAGCCAAAAAGUCUUCACCAGAACCUCUUCUUCAUCCUUCCUAACGUGGGAUUAUCUUGACAGCUGCCAUAAUGGGCCAAAUCUGGGACACAAAAAGGCCUUCAAACGGGGCAAAGAAUCCCGACAACUGCCCCCGGAACACACACAAAUAGACAGUCAUGACGCUGACUACAUCAAUCCAGAUGGCAAUACCGAGGAUGACAACUAUGUGGAACCUGAAGACAAUCCCACUGCGGAUGCUCAGAUGUUUCAUACAAACAGAACCAUGAAAGGCCACCCUAUAUCCCAACUAACUUUACCAAAGUGUCAACCCAGUUCAGAUUUUUAUGAAGUUCCAGACCAAGAGGCUCAUGUUUUGGCAUACAGAGCACAAAUGAUGAGAUCACCCUGUGCUGUAAGUGUGCAUAAACGUGAGAUCAUCCAGGAGCAUCUGGCUGAAAGUGACUCGUCAUACGAAGUGUGGGAUCAUGACGACAAGCCAGCCAAACAUUUGCCAAAAGGGCCAGCAAAACCUCCCUUCAGGCUGGCACAAACUAUAAAACAGAGAGACUUUGAGCGUCGAACACUACCAAUGAUUGACCCUGAUCGUAAAGCACAUCCUCCAAAAUCGCUUACUCUGGAUAUGAAUUUUCCAAAGACACCUUUUCCAAACGCCAACUUCCUCAAACAAACUGACAGUGAAUCUCUUGGAAAUGGGGCCACAGACCAACACAAGGAUUCAGAGGUGUAUGAGAAGCCAUGGUUUGCUGGGGAAUGUGACCGUAAGACUGCAGAAGAGCUACUGUUUCACGCAAAUCAAGACGGGGCCUUCAUGGUGAGGAAGAGUUCCAGGCAGGACGCAAAUCAGCCCUACACAUUGGUGGUGUAUUAUAAAGGCAGAGUGUACAACAUCCCAAUCCGGUUGAUACACACGCACACAAGACAGCAGUACGCACUGGGGAGGGAAAAAAAAGGAGAAGAGUAUUUCCACAGCGUCUCUCACAUCAUCGAACACCACCAGAAGAACCCUCUGGUGUUGAUUGACAGCAAGAGCAACACCAAGGAUUCUGCCAGGCUGCGUUUUCCUGUGAAACAACCAACCACAUCUGGACAUCACUGCCAGACUUCUAAAGCAUUCUAACCCUCGUCUGUGAUGCCCGCGGAAUAAGCAGGCUCGCCAUGGAGCACUGAAUUAGCAGACUCAGAAGACUUUCAACAUGUUUAUUGAGAUGCUUUGCAAUUCUCCAGCAGUAAUUCAUUCUAAAUUAACAAAAAGGCUGAGAAAGUGUUGCUAGAGCAGAAGCAGGAUUUUUUUUUUUUUUAAAGACGGCAACUUUCAAGCAAUACGUAACUCGGUUCCUUUAACCAUGUCACCAACAACUUGCACUUAUUCUCUGAUCAACAAAUAAUGCUCAUGCAGAUUGAUUGCAUAACAAAACCAAUUAAGGCACUUAAUGAAAAUAUCUUACUCUUACACGGUACCAAGAGCUCAACUAUGUACAAUUAGAAACCUCUUGUCUGAGCUGAAGGUUUGCUAUUUACAGUGAGUCACAGACAGGGAUGGUCCUGGAAUGACAUACACACAAACACACACACACUUUCUGUGCUGUCAAUACUGAGAUCUAAUGGCUGCUUUACAAAAUGUUUUGCCAAAGGAGACCGGUUUGAGAUUGUUGUUGGCUUGGGGUGAAGUAAAGGAAAUCGAAAUCCUCCUUUCAUAGUGCAAGUUUAAAAAAAAAUAGAUUAUCAUUUUCAAGUCAAACAAAAGUAAACUACAUUGGAGGGAGAGCCAUCCA